AAAUGUCUUCUUAGUAGUAUGGAAAUUAUGGAUCCCAAUAAUUUACCACACCAUGUGUAUCUGCACAAGGACCACAAGUACAGAUUGAAAUUGGGAUUUUAUGCAGCGCCCAGCAAUCCAAAAGCGUUUUCUAAGGCUAUUAGAGAUGAACUUCACAAUUUAAAGUUUACAUACUGUUCUGAUUUAAAUGGAUUGAUUAUGGGUUUUGGUAAAAUAAGUUCAAACGAACUUAUUGCAGCUGAUAUCAGACAUUGCAUUAAUGUAGUUGUCAAUGUUGAUGUAUAUAUAUUCAGACCUCCAAUUGGGUCUAUAAUUGAAGCUGUUGUAAAUCAAACUAGUGAUAACCAUGUYAGUUGUUUGGUGCACAAUUUAUUCAAUGUUUCUAUAGUACGACCUGAAAAUACACCGUACGACCACUGGUCAGGAUCUAAAAUCAAAAAGGACGAUAAAAUUGAUGUGAAAGUUUUAUCUUUUGAUCUCACAAAAAAACUUCCUCAUAUUACAGGAGAAAUAAUUAAAAAGAAAGAUGAAUGUUAUGAUCUUGAAGAUGUUCAAAAUAAUAGUUCUUCUAUGAAAUAUCCUUUCUCAAAAAAUAAUGUAAGUGAUGUUACUAAAUCUUUUAAUAAGAAUAGUGCAAGUACUUCAAAAAGUUUAGCAAGUGAUUCAGAAUCUUCAGAUGAAAUGGACAAUAUGAUAACUAAGUCUAAAAUAUAUGCUGAUGUAUCUACUAAAAAAUCACCAGUAUCAAUUAAUACUACUUUUAAACAUGGACAAAAAGCAGACAAUGCAGUUAGUAUUUCAAAAUGUUUAUCAAGUGAUUCUGAAUCUUCAGAUGAAAUGGACAAUAAUAUGAUAACUAAGUCUACAGCAUGUGAAAAUAAAUCUGCAAAACCAUCUGUAUCAACUAAUACCACCAUUAAGCUUCAGGACACCGCUGAUAAUUCUUCGAUAUGUUCAUCAUCUGAUUCUGAAUUUUCAUCUGAAAUUAAAGUUAAUUUAACCAAUAUUAAAGAAGGCAAUGAAAAUAAAUCUACUAGAACAUCAUCACUUAUUCUCUCCAAUAGCAAACAUGUUAAAAGUCCAUUAUAUAGUUCUACUCCUAUUUUAAAUUCUGAACAUUCUGUAAAUAGUAUCAAUUUAAUCAGAAACAAGCAACUAGAACAAUUAAAAAAACAUUUGGCUAAAAACAGUGUUGAAGAACGAAAAUCAUUGGAUUCUGUCAAAGUACCUAAUCAGUUUGUUAAGGAUAAACUUUCUCAGUCUUUGAAUAUUUUAAAAAAUAAUGAUAACAAUGAAAAUCCACUUGAAGUACUUAAUGCUUCAGUCAAUACUAAAAACAAUAUGGGUAAUGUUCAUAAAAUAAAUCAACAUGGUAACCUUCAAGGUGUUUCGGGUGUAAGUGACUGUGAGCGUAAACACAAAAACGUUACAGUUAGUAAUUCAUUUUUAAAGAAAUCUGAAAAAUCUACAAAAACAAUUAAAAAACAUAAAAAAUCAAAUGAAAUUGUCGAUGCAAUUUUAAACUCAAUUAGUACUUCUAAAAAGACGAAAUCUAAUUCUAGUAUUACCAAUAAUUUGGUUGAUUCAAAUAACAAAAAAGAAGAAAACACUGUAUAUACUCAAAAGAAACAUAAUUUAGAUAAAGGAUUACUYAUUAAUGAACCAGCAAUUAAAAAUUCUUUGACAUUAAAUUUGAGUACAAAAAAUAUUAAAAGACAAGAUACUCCCCUCAAAAAAAAUAUGGAUGACAGUGAAAACCAAACUAAAAAUAAAAUAUUUAAAAAAAGUUCAAAUAUUAAAUUAUCGAUGAUAUCCGAUUCAGAUAGUAAUUGUAGUAAAGAUAUUAAAUUACCUAUUCAAAAUUUAAGUUGUACAACUAAUUUAAAGAAAGAAGUUGAAAGUGACACAAGUAGCUCUGAUGAUGAACUUUAUUCAAAACUUAGACAAAAUAUAUCAAAAACACGAAUAAAUACAAGCUUUUAUAAUGAAAAUCCUAAAAACUGUUAUGAUACAAUAGAUUAUAGUUCUGAUGAAAGUCAUUCAUCUUCUAAACUUUUUUAUAAUGCAUCUAAGUUGUUUACAGAUUCAAUUAAAUCAAAAGUAUCAAAACAUGACUCUAAUAAUCUGUCAGAAAUUUAUAGCUUUAACAAAAACAAUCUGUUAUCAAACAAAAAAAUGGUUAAAAAAGAUAAAAAAAAAAAAGAAAGAAAUGAACAAUCUGUACAAUCUCAAUCUUCUAAUAAAAUGGAUAUUAUAAAACACAUUUUGGGUGGAGAUUUCAGUAGUGAUGAUGAUGAUGUUACAGUUCCUAAAAACAGAACUAGCAAUGGGAAAAAAGCAAAUGAAAAUGUUUCUAGAAAAAAAUCAACUUUAAAUGUAUCAAAACUAAAUAAAAAUGAUGAGUUAUUGAAUACAGGCAUUUCAAACCCAUUUUUAAAAAUAUAUACUGAAAACAUAUCAAGUUCUGAUGAUGAAACAUUUAUGAUAGAUUUAAUGAAAAAAAAAAAAAAUACAUCUGAGAAAAAAAAAGUAAAUACUUCAUCAGUAAAUGAAGAAGAGAAAAAAAAUGUUUUAAUAAAUCAGGUAUUGGAUUCCAUAAAACAUAAAAAUAAAAAACAAAAACAAAUCGUGCCUGUUUCACAGAAUAACCCAAAAGCAUCUGAAAGUAAAAAAACACUUUUUAAAAAUGACAAAAUAACAAAAGAUAAACCUAUAGUUAAUUCUAAAAAUAAAAAAAGUAUUCCGAAUAACUUAAACAUUUCUAAUAGAGAACCUAAUAUGCCAAAUUUAAAUAUUUCCCAAAAAGUUAAAUCAUCACAAUUAAAUAUACAACCUUCAUCUGACGAGAGUACAGAUGAAGAAAAAAAUGUAAUAAAAGAAAUUUUGAAACAACGAAAACAUAAAAAAACUAAAAAAGCUACUGUACCAGAAAAAUCUAUGAAAAUUAAUAUUUCAACAAAAUCAAACAAACAAAACGAAAUCGAAGAACAGUUGCAUACGAAAUCUAAAUCCCAAAAUGUAUCAAUGACAGAUGAAGUAAAGAGUAAUGAUUUWAAAAAAGUAAAGAAAAGACGAAAAGAAACCAAGGAUAGCCUUUUAGAUAGUAUAAUAAGUGCUUUAGAAAGUUCUUCAGAUGAUGUCCCUAUUAAAAAGAAAAAAAAAAAUCAUAAAUUGCCUAUUGUAGAAUCACAUGAUUCUAAAGAUAAAAAUGUUGAUGGUUAUUUAUCCGAGGUUAAGAUAAAGAAAAAGAAAAAAUCUAAACAUAAAGACAAUGUUAAUUUAAGUGAUUUAAUUGUUAAAGAUGUUAAAAAAAAUCCAGCAAAAGUAGAUAAUACAUCUGUAAAAGUUUCAAAAAAAAAGAAAGUUAUAAGUGAUCCUGUUCUUUGUGAAAAUCAAAGCACUGACAAAUCAAGUAAGAAAAAUACUAAAAUAUUUUCAAAAAGUGAUAUAAAAAAGUUUAUGUCAACUCAAGAUAAUACAGAUUUAGAUAAAUUGUAUAACUUACUUAACAUUUAACUCAAUCUUAAGUUUUAACUAUUUUUAUGAUUAAUUAACUACYCUUAUGUUUUUACGCUAAGUUAA